CAGCAACAACAAGGUUUUCCUCCACGUCAACAGCACUAUUCCAUGAUGAUGGGAGAACCUGUCCCUACAAAUCCAGCGUUUUACGACCAAAGUACAGCACCAGCCCAAAGUCCCUCCAGAUUACUGGCAACUCAAGAUGAAUUUCAGUUUGUACCGUCGAGUGGCGUCCCUGGCUCUCCGACUAUAGAGGGCACCAUUUCUGUUGAGAGUGGUGCCAAAGGGCCUGGUUUCCAUGGUAUCAGACAAAGGGGCGUGGCCUCCCAGUUUCUGGAGAACAGAGGAUUUGGUUGGCUGAUGGAGGUUGAAGACAUGGAGGAGGAGGAGCAAGCACCUCUGCUGGAGGAGCUUGAUAUUAAUCUGAAGGACAUUUAUUACAAAGUACGUUGUGUGCUGUUGCCAAUUCCACAGAUGGGUCUUAACAGACUGGUCGUCCGUGACAACCCUGACUUUUGGGGCCCUCUGGUGGUCAUUCUCCUCUUCUCACUUGUCUCCCUUUAUGGACAGUUUGGAGUUGUCUCCUGGAUUAUUACGAUUUGGAUUUUUGGUUCACUCAUCAUAUUUUUACUUGCUCGAGUUCUUGGUGGAGAGGUAAACUACUCACAGUGUUUGGGAGUAAUUGGUUACUCAGUUUUGCCUCUGGUGAUAACAGCCUCCAUUCUUCCUUUACUCAGCACUUAUAAAUACAUCAGUAUGACAUUCAGGAUACUGGGUGUAUUAUGGGCAGCAUACAGCGCUGGAUCACUCCUCUGUGUGCAAGAACUUCAACAGAAAAGACCUCUUCUUCUGUACCCAAUAUUUUUAUUGUACAUCUACUUUUUGUCGCUUUACGAUGGAGCCUAACGUACGAAUGAACUGUUUCAGCAUGGAAUUGAACACUUACAAAAAAAAAAAACAAUUGAUACUGUCUGUUUCCAAGGCAACACAGUGCAUAAGUGUUUUACAAAGAUAUCACAUACAGUGCACUUUUGUGGGAAUUUGUUGUUUAUACCUGUACAGAAUCAUGGCUUGUAUAUACUUUAUGUCAUAAGUAAUAUGCUUAACGAACAUUUAUAUGGCUGAUGUAACAUGGGUAUUUAUGCUUGUAAGGAGUUCAGUUUCUUACUAAAUUUUCUCCCCUUGACAACGUGGGAAAGUGUUAUUAGGUAUCACAGUUCUCAUCCUCUAGAGUCUUACUUGUAGCUCAUGUCUGUUUUGAUAAGCUAUAUGUAAGUUAAGGUUAGAAAAUUAGGUUAUGGUGUUGUUGGACCAGAUUUUAAGAUUUCAUUACCAAGUACAUGUACCAUAUCAAUAGAAGUAUGUCAGUUGCUACUACAUAACAUUCAGUUUGUUUUUCGUGCAUUAACACUAAGGCUUGCCAUACAACAGAAAAAUACUUAUCAAAAGUCAAAAUCACUAUAUGACUCCCAACUGCACCGCCAAUUCACUCGUCUUAAGUAAACUUUCUACCCAGUUUUCUCUCACCUCACCACGGUUGAAUAUCUGCCAUCAAAAUACAUAUAGGCGUAACUUACUUGUUUGGAGCUAAGAGUAAUUGUGUGCAUAAAUUACGAGAACAGAUGUUUACCUGUGCAUUUAUGCACAUACAGCAUAUGCCAUUGGUUAGUUAUAUAGUCCUGUCUUAGUGUUCUAAGACAGUGUUGUGACAUAACCUACAUAAUGGAUGCUGUUAUAAUCUCGUGUAACCUCAUAGUCACUGUUGCGUAACAUGGGAAGUAAUUCAGAACAGGCCUAUAGAACAUAUCUCUUUCUGGUGUGACGUUGCAGUGCUUGUGUACUGCAUGUGUUUAAUGAAAAUACAUACACCGAUAAGUGUAUAAUUGCAGAAUAAAGAAAAAACAUAAGUGUUCAUAGCCUCGGACCGUUUUGUUACAGCUGGGAUUCCCCAAUAACAGGAAACUGACAACUAUCUUUAUUAUACUGUAUGCAUGAAUGUCAUUCUUGUACAGAUUAUCAUAAUUCUUGGGUGUAUGUAUAUAGAUUUCAACUGUAAACCGUUGUAUAUUUAUUUUAAUAAACACAUCCAUACA